AUGGCCCGAAAACCAGUUAGCAGGAAGAGGAAGGCCGCGGAGAGCCGAGAUCAGAAAGUUUGGACGCAGCUGAAACGCUCUCGCCUCUCUCCCCUCUCCCCUCGCUGCCUCACCCGUGCCUCAGUGGUGUGUGCAGUGAGGGACAGAGAGUUUCGGCCUCAGCUUCACCAUGACGACCAUUUGGCCUCAAGUUUACGUGGUUACGCUGCUGCUCGGCUGCCCGGCAUCCUGCGGGAGAGAGAGCUGCCUCUGGGACACUUAAACAAAGUGUUUGCAUCACAAUGGCUCAACCAGAGACAUGUGGUGUGUGGCACCAAGUGCAAUACGCUGUUUGUGGUGGAUGUGCUGAGCGCUCACAUCACAAAGAUCCCGAUGCUGAAGGACCGGCUUUCGGAGUCUGUGGUGCAGCCGUUCUCACCACGCUCUCGCCCUCGUCUGGAGCACCUGGGCUGUGGCAUCCACGCCAUCGAGCUCAACCCAAGCAAGACCCUACUAGCUACCGGGGGAGACAACCCCAACAGCCUGGCUGUCUACAAGCUGCCCACACUGGACCCUGUGUGUGUGGGAGAUGCUGGACACAACGACUGGAUCUUUUCCAUCGCAUGGAUCAGCGACACAAUGGCCGUCUCCGGGUCCAGGGAUGGCUCCAUGGGUCUGUGGGAGGUCUCAGAAAAGGUCUUGUCUGAGGCACGGCUCCGUCAAGACGCCAUUGUACCGUCAUACGCACACAUCGCUCACCGCGCACUCAAAGACAUCCCCAAAGAGAACCCCAGCCCCUACAACUGUAAGGUCAGAGCCCUGGCCUUCAACGCAGGCCACAAGGAGCUGGGCGCUGUGUCUCUGGACGGAUAUUUCCACCUCUGGAAGGCAGAGCAGAACCUGUGCAAGAUCAUGUCUCCGAAGCUUCCGCACUGUAAGGAGAACGUGUGUCUUGCAUACGGCGAGGAGUGGUCUGUGUACGCGGUCGGAUCCCAGGCCCACGUCACUUUCUUAGACCCGAGGCUCCCGACCAGCACCAUCAAGUCUGUGAGCUCCAGAGAGAGGGGCAGUGGUAUACGCUCUGUGAGUUUCUAUGAGCACAUCGUUACUGUGGGAACCGGUCAGGGCUCUCUGCUCUUCUACGACAUCCGCGCCUCCCGUUUCCUGGAAAACACGCGUUUCAGCUGCGGCCAGAGCCUCAAGCACACCACAGGGACGGGCUGGCUGAACCAUGAUGAGACCUGGAGGAGUUACUUCUCGGAUAUCCAGUCUUUCCCAAACGCCGUCUACACUCAUUGCUACGACGAGUCAGGGACGAAGCUGUUUGUGGCAGGAGGUCCUCUGUGCUCUGGGCUGCAUGGCAAUUACGCAGGAGGUCCUCUGAUCCAGACUACACAGGAAUGA